AUGUGCUGCUGCUGUAAUUGUUCAAACCUUUCCAAAAAAGUAUGGUCAUUCGUAGUGGUGGUGAUCAUUUUCGGAUUGGCUGCGUUCUUUGGAUUCGGGCUACCGGCAAUAGUAGAUGCAGUUGCACGAACUGAAUUUAUCAUGGAACCAGGCAGCCAAGUAUACGAAAACUGGAUGGAUGGUGAGGUUCCCAUGUAUUUUGACAUUUAUUACUGGGACUGGACUAAUUCAGAGGAAGCUGCAAACGAACAUGUUCGGCCCAAUUUCGUCCAACGUGGACCGUACGUUUUCUUGGAAGUCCAUGAAAGACAUUAUAUUGAGAGAAAUCCAGAUCACACCAUCACAUUCCAGCAGAACCGAACGUGGAUCUAUAUACCAGAGCAGUCCAAUGGAGAUUUUUAUACGGACAGAGUAACCACUCCUCAAACUAUUCUCAUGACUGUUGGAUCAGUAGUUCAGCACGAUCCGUUGCUUCGAUUGCUUGUAGACGGAUUGAUCAGUGCAAACAAUUUACUAGAUGGAAUUACCUACAAGGACGUUCUGGUUCGGGAUAUCUUGUUCGAUGGAGCUGAAGAUCUGCUAUUAGCGGCAUUGCUCGCACUUGCCAACGAAUUUCCCGACCUAAUAGAGGGGAUCGAAAUACCUGCAUGGGAUGGCUUCGCAUAUUUCGCGGAGCGGAAUAACAGUGUCGACUAUGAUGGUGUCUUUCGAAUGGGCACUGGGACAGAUAUAUGGACCAAUACUGGACUUAUGAGAACCUGGAACGGUGAACCUAAUGUUCCUUAUUACCGCGGUGAGUGUGGUAAAGUUCAUGGUUCGACUGGUCAAGUGAACCCGCCUAUGACUAGUACACAAAUCAACAAUCCCGAAGAUUUUAUAUUAUUCAUUACCGAUCUGUGUAGUGCUAUUCGCCUAAAGUACGAUGGAGAUUUCGAGCUGGGUGGAGUGCGGGGUGGUGUUUGGAUAGGUGAUAAUCGGGUCUUUGAUAAUGGACACACGUUUCCAGAAACAGAAUGCCAAUGCACGGCACCGGUAGAAGAAUGCCCUGUACUGAAACCGGGUUUAUUGGACGUAUCUGAAUGCAAAUUUGGUGCUCCCCUGCUGGUUAGCUUUCCGCACUUUUAUUUGGCAGAUCCUAGUUAUUUAAAUGCAGUUACCGGAUUAACUCCAAUGCGUCAAUUACAUGAGUUCCGUUACGCAUUACAUCAAUUUUCUGGAAUUCCGCUCACAGUAAACGGUAGACUGCAAUAUAACGUUCACGUAAAAGAUUAUGGAUUACAGCUAACAAAUGGUUUACCCGAUAUGGUUUUACCUGCGUUUUGGGUUGAGCAGAGAGUGGUACUAACACAGGAGAAAAUUGAUGAAAUAAAGCUUAUCUAUACGUUGCGAGAUGUUGGAAAGUACCUCGGAUGGGCGCUUUUCGGCCUUGGUUUACUAGUGUUCAUAAUCGCUCUUUAUUUUACUAUUGCUGUAUGGAAAGACUAG